UGUCGCAGUAGCCGGGCAGCAUUUUCAAGCGAAUCAGGGGUAGGCGGCAAUUGACAAUCCGAGAAACUCAUUAAGAACAUCUGUGGAUGCAUCCUGUGGCCGGUCAAUGGGCGAGACAAUGGGCAGGCCGCUGCCGCCUCGGUAUUGGAAGUACGGGUGAUCAGUCCACAAAUGUGGGAUCCCGGCGUACCGAUCGGGCUGGCAUGGAUGGGUGCGGCAAUGCAUUUAGCCGUUCAGCGCGCCAACGAGCGGUAUGCGGAGCGGGGACUGCGUUUCGUGCUACAACCCGUGGACGCCAUGUACAACCAGACCUGCUUGACCGCCGGUACUAACGGAGCCAGGCUUUUGGCCGAUGUCUACUACCGGCAUAACUUAAAGCAUCACGCGCCCAACACCUGCAACAUCUACUUCACCCAUACGUGUAUGGACUACUUUCAGCUGCUCUGCUUGUCGGACGCAUGGAAUGCCUUCUUUUUCAAUAAUGGCAUUGCAACGCUCUCUUCCCUUCCACCCUUACCGACAGCAUCGCACAUGUUGAACGUAGCGGGCAGCGAAAUAGGCCUGGCGCGCACUUUAUGGGCCAUUCUGAACAACUGGGGCUGGUCGCACGUGGCCUUCUUCCUGGACACGCGCGCCCCAACCAUCUUCUAUUCCAGCAUCCUCAACGCCGCGAAGGCGGUGGCUUUCCAAGAUGGCCUUGCCAACAGCAACACCACUAUCGCCACGUAUCCGUUCCAGGCAAAUGACAACGCCUCCAUUGUCGAUGGCCUGCUGCGCGCCAAAGAUACCAGUCGCGUGUUCAUCCUGUGUGCCUCGGGAUCCGUAGCCUACCUGAUUAUGGAUCUCGCCAGUCAGCUCGGAAUGAUCAACGGAGAAUACAUGCUGUUCAAUAUACAGGCUGUCCAGAAUAAUUAUUAUGGAAAGGCUUCUUUUUUCAACAAUCCCACUCCGUUGAUGUUAAAUUUAACGUGGAACUUGAUGUUCAUCGUCUUCCACGAAGCCGACGGCACCGACGACGAGCGGCAACUGAACGAACAACUGCGCCAAUUAGCCCAAGAUCUCUACAACAACACCUACGAGCCAGGAUUCCAGCCGCUGAGCAAUUACGCUGCACGUGCGGCCUACACUUCCUUUCAGCUAAUCGGUGACGUCCUGGUCAACAACCUCGAUAAUUACCGCCGAUUGACCAGUCUGCAGCGCGCCACUUUCUGCACCGGCGACCACCUGGCGUCGCUCUUCUUCAAUCGCACCUUCAACUUGUCGCACGCUGAUGUCCGGGUAGACUCUCAUGGAUUGUCCAGCCAGGACGUCGACAUUUGGAAGUUCGAUUCGCAGACAAGAAAUAUGAGUGUAUUCGCGGUGUAUCGCUCCGUCAGUGGCGCCUUCGAACUGAAAAACCGGUCGGUGCAGGACUGGCCGACCGGAAGCCCGCCGCUGGAUGUUCCCGUGUGCGGCUUCUCUGGACUGGAAGGGCCUUGUCGCCAUCGCGCGCUGAGCAAAGGCAUUUUGGGCGUUGCUCUUCCGGUUGCUACCUGCGUGGCUGUGGUGACCUUGGCUGCAUCUUGUGCCACAAUAUGUGGGAUCCGAAAACGAGCGCGGCGUAAUGCCCGCUCACGCUACUGGUGGCUAAUCAACGAGAACGAGUUGGACGCCAGGCUGGAUAGGAGCGGAACACACGUCGUCACUCCGGUGUCGUGGAGGGGGAGAACAGUCUGGGUGACGGCUUUGAAUGUUGAGGGCCAGCCUAACCUCGCGUUAGUGGCGCAGUGCGUUCCCGACACAACGCACCCUAAUGUUAACGUUCUACUGGGAAUUGUUAUUCUGGCACACCGAGCCUUCAUUUUCUCAGACUACUAUAAGCGCGGCUCGCUGGUAACCCUGUUGGAAGGGAUGAAACUGGACGAGGAUUUCCAGCUGGCAUUAACACGCGAUUUGGCCAAAGGUAUGAGUUAUCUGCACACUACCCUUGGCCGCCCGCACGGCCGCCUCCGCUCCAACUGCUGCCUCAUCGACGACCGCUUUACGCUGCGUAUUGGCCAGUUCGGUUACGCCGACAUUGGCCACGCUCUGUCGCCGAGCGACGACCUAGAUGCUGCUGGUUCUGCCAAAGACCUGGCUUUACCGAGAGACGUUUACGCUGUCGGGCAGAUACUCCUAUUCAUUAUCCAUCAAUCCGCCAGUAACGUGUCGUACCAAUUACCGACCAGAGAGGCAUCUCCGGAUGCAGCGAACGAGAUUACCAACGCAGACGCGGAUAUCCAACGGCGCCUGGCCGAGCUGGCCAACUUGUGCCUGCGCACCAACCCUUCCCUGCGCCCCACCGCCAAGCAGCUGCUGACCACCAUCGGGCGAAUGCAUGUGCCCGGGCAGCCGGUAUCCAACAAUAUCGUCGACAGCAUCAUUCGCCGCUUCGAGGCCUACACGCUGACGCUGAACGAGGCGGUGCGGUUACAGACCGAGGAAUUAAUCAGCGAGCGGAGGAAAUGCGACGAUCUGCUCCGGGAACUUCUGCCCAGGUCCGUCGUGGAUCACCUGCGCAACCGGCAAACGAUGGUAGCGGAGUAUUAUUCCUGCGUCAGCAUCAUCUUCUCCGAUCUCGACGGCUUUGUCGACUGGGUGAGUCACGUGCCGCCGGGAGCGGUAAUCCAAGCCGUGACGUCCAUGUUCAGCGCCUUUGACGAGGCCAUCCAGGAGAUGGAUGUCUACAAGGUGGAGACGGUGCGCGACAGCUACAUGGCGGUGAGUGGAAUCCCUGCUCGAGGCGAUAAUCAACAUGCUUUGGAGGUGUGCCAGAUGUCCAUCAAGCUAAUGAAAGUGCUGGAAAGCAGCGGAGUCAUUGACCACAGCCGUGUAGUGAUGCCAGGGGAAGACGGUUCUGAGCCCGUUGCGCUGCGAUUGCGGUGCGGUAUCCACUCGGGUCCCUGUGCCGCUGGGGUGGUCGGCAUGCGCGUACCUCGCUACUGCUUGUUCGGUGAUACAGUGAACGUGGCGGCCCGCAUGAACAGCCACGGUGAGGGCGGCCGCAUCCACCUCAGCCAGGCCAGCCGCGACCUCCUGGCUGAUACCGACACCGGUCACCGCUUUCGCCUACAAGAGAGAGGACUGCUAUCAAUUAAGGGGAAAGGCGACAUGCUGACCUUCUGGCUUCUGCACUAACGCAACCGUCACCGUGACCAGCAUCUUCGUUUUGACAACGAAAUAAGAGGCUUUUAUUGUACAGUUGUGCUUCAUGUGGCUGCCUUUGCACAGAGUGGCGAGUGCAACGAGU